CAGCGGAAGUCAGAAUAGUUGCAAGGUUUUCGUAGGGGCGAACACAGGACAAAAAUAGUGGAAAAUUCGUCGCGGUUCAUCGAUACAACCCCUUUCUUUACCUUAUGGCUUCCAGUUCCAACAUAGAUAUAGAAGGCGCAACCCAGCAUCUUCGAGACAUCUUGAAAUUGGAUCGACCCAAUAAUUCCGCCGAGGGCGCUGCAAGUGAGAGCCAGAGGACCUCUGUUAAUGGAGAGUUAAACGGACUUCUGGGGGCUGACCUUAUUGGUGCAGGGGUUCAAAGUCCACUGGUGGAACCCUCAGAUCACAACUCAGAUAUGAGCACACCAGAUACUCAAACGAUUUCUUUAUCUGGGGAUGAUUGCUCCACUUGCAUUGCCAUCACUGCUAACAAUGUGGAAAUUGUCGCCAGUCGAGACUCUAGUAUAGAUAGUAAAGCUCGUGGGAGCAAUAAGGUUAAAAUACAGCCAGUAGCAAAAUAUGAUUGGGAGCACAAGUAUUACUACGGAAACUUAAUAGCAGUGUCUAACGCAUACUUGGCAUAUGCCAUUAGAGGUGCCAACAACCAUGCCAUGAUCCGCGUGUUGCGGCUGGGCUCGUCGGAGCGCACGCUGCUGAAAGGCUUCACGGGGGCAGUCACGGACCUGGCCUUUGCCCACCUCGACUCUGCCCUGCUGGGCUGUGUCGACGAGGCCGGCAACAUGUUCAUCUGGCAGCUCACCAGCCACAACAGCAAAAUACAAGACGAAGUGAUCGUGCACAUCCGGAGGCCCGAGGACACGCCACUGAACUCAAACCGCAGGCUGAUCUGGUGUCCCUUUAUCCCUGAGGAUAGUGAUGACAGUCCAGAGGACCCGUGCCAGACCCUGGCCCUACUGCACGAGGACCGGGCUGAGGUUUGGGACCUUGACAUCCUGCGCUCCAGUAACAGUACGUGGCCUGUGGACGCCACCGAUCUUAGAGAGGGCUUCAUCACCAUUAACGGACACACAGCGCGAAUCAGUGAGGGUGCUCUGUCCCCUGAUGGCACCGUCUUGGCCACUGCCAGUCAUGAUGGCUAUGUCAAAUUCUGGCAGAUUUACAUUGAAGGGCAAGACCAACCAAGAUGUCUACACGAGUGGCAGCCCCAUAACGGACGGCCUCUCUCCUGCCUGCUCUUCUGUGACAACCACAAGAAGCAAGACCCAGACAUGCCCUUCUGGAGGUUUCUGAUCACGGGAGCAGACCAGAACCAGGAGCUGAAAAUGUGGUGCACAGUUUCAUGGACCUGCCUCCAGACCAUCAGGUUUAGUCCGGACCCGUUAAACUCCCAUGUCCUGCCUAGUCUGAAGGCCAGCCUGGACCUGUCUGCAGAGUGUCUCAUCCUCACAGACGUGCAGAGAAAGGUGCUGUAUGUGAUGGAGCUCUUCCAGGACCAGGAGAAGGGUCGUGCCAGGUUCACAGCGGUCUCUGAGUUCCUGCUCACACACCCUGUGCUGAGCUUUGGUGUUCAGGAUGUCAGUCAUGCCCGCCUGCGCCACACUGAAGUCCUCCCCCCAGACGAGGAGAGCGAGAGUAUGACGACAGAGGGAAGCCAAGGGCCCCUGGAGUCCAAAUCAGGAAUUCAAAUUAAGCUUUACUGUGUGCACACAAAGUCCCUCCAGGACGUCCAGAUCUGGUUCCAGCCCAACCAGGAUGCUGCUGCCUCUCUCUUCAUGCCGGCUAGCUCCGCCUCCCAGGACGGGUUUGGUUUUGCGGACCCGCUGACGGAUCUGAGUGUGGAGGCGCUGAACUCGGAUAAGGAGUCGGGGGGCAGCGACUUGCAAAGCGACCUGUGCAAGAUGCCCGUUCUCCCGGCACCCGCUGACUUCCUGAGCCCUGCUGGUGCCGCCAUGCCCAAACUUAUGACUCCGGAUGCCUUCCUCACCCCCAGCGCUUCUGUGCCAGCGUCUCCUGGUAGCAGUGCCAGCAGCUUGACUAUAGUGACAGCCGUGAGCAGUUCAGACAGCGGCGCAAGGGCUGUGGAGGACCUCACCCAGAGCCCCAAGCUGGUGACGGACGGAGCCAGCAGCAGCCUGACCCUCAGCGCAAGCACCAACAGCCCGAGGUCCAGCUCCAUCCUCAUCCCAGGCCUGGGAGAAAACCUCCAGGGCUUCUCUCCUCCGCUUGUGCGCUCUCCCUCCCUCCUGCGCGAGGCCUCUCUGCUGUGUGAGGCAGCCCCCUACACUCACGCGCCUCCCCUGCCCUACCCACUGCCCCCUAUGCAGGUACUGCCCUCUCCGAACCCACCCCUCUCCCUGGACCUGCAGGCCAUCGAGCCCAUGCUGCUGCCCCAGGCGUCACCCACCCGGGCCCGCUCCCCGGACGUCAUCUCCUCUGCCUCCACAGCCAUCUCACAGGACAUGCCUGAGAUCGCUUCGGAGACUCUGCAGCGGGGCCUGGCCGGUGCGGCGACGGGCGAGCCGCGCGACCAGCUCCAGGGCCUCCACGCGGACAGCAUGGCGUCGGCUGCCUCAGCCCUGCACCUGCUCUCGCCUCGCAACCGCAAUGGCUCGGAGCAUGUGCUCCUGCCACUGGAGCUCGGAGGGGCAGGCGCCAGCGACGCCGAGCAGAGGCUGGGAACCACGCCGUCGCUACUGGAGACGGCGCUAUCGCAGGAGAACGCCGCCGUGGCUGCCACCUCCUGCUCCGACAGCAGCGCGAACCACAGCUGGCCCGCUGCGCCUGACAUCACCCGCGAGACACGGAACAGCCUGCGCGAUAAUGGCCUGGGAGACUGCUCCAGAGAGGAUCUGAAGGACAGGCACCUGUCUCCUCCCUACCACAGACGCACGUAUCACCUGACCCAGAACGACAGCCAAGAUGCCAGUGCUGAGCAGAGUGACCAUGACGACGAGGUGGCCAGUCUGGCGUCGUCAUCAGGGAACUGCGGUUCUCGGGCUUCUCACAGGCUCCCGGUGAAGGACUGGAAGACCUCGCCUCGUGGCUCCCCCAAACUCAAACGCAAAAGCAAGAAGGAUGAUGGUGAUUCCUCACAAUCCAGACAGGCAGAUCACCAGCUGAGUUCAGAAGUGCAAGAGGAGCUGCUGCUUCUUCUCAGGAGCCAGCAGAGGGAGCUGUCCGAACUGCGGCAGAGCCAACAGGAGCUCCUGCAGAGGGUCACGGGCCACAUGGAUGCUGUGCAGAGCUCCAUCAUGGCCCAUGUCGAGCAUGUCCUACUCACACAACAGGAGCAGGAAGAGAGGCGGAUGGAGCGUCUGUUGGCGGAGGGGCACACGCGCAGCCAGCAGCUCCAGGACCACCUGGCUCAGCAGCUGGCCCACACUCUGGGCACCAUGCUCUCCAGCCGUCUGGACAAGGUGCUGCGCGAGGAGAUGAAGAAAACCGUUCCGCAGACCAUUUCGAAGUGUAUGGAACCUGUGACUGGGCAGAUGAGCAGCACGAUUGCAGCCAAGCUGACCGCAGUGGAGGGAACGCUAAAAGAGAACGUCACCAAAGUGGUCAAGUCUAAGAACACUACGGAUGCGAUGGGACGCGCGGCAGCUGAAGCCAUGCAGGGCCCUAUCCAGGCGGCCUACAAAGACGCCUUCCAGAGCAUCGUGCUCCCUGUGUUUGAGCGCGGCUGCCAGUCCAUGUUCCAGCAGAUCAAUGACAGCUUUAAGCAGGGAACCCAUGAGUAUAUCCAGCAGCUGGAGGCGCAUGUCAAGAACAGGAAGCAGCGUGAGCAGGAUGCACGGGACCCUGUGAUUGCUCAGCUGCAGCAGAUGAUUGACACGCUGCAGACAUCACAAGAUCAGCUGGCCACUACUGUAGCAGCCAGCGUGCGCUCUGAGGUUCAGCACCAGCUCCACCUGAUCGUGGGAAACCUACAGGACUCCAUCCUGACCCAGGUGCAGCGCAUUGUGAAGGGCGAGGUGAGCCUGGCCAUGAAGGAGCAGCAGGCGGCCGUCACCUCCAGCAUCAUGCAGGCCAUGCGUUCGGCGGCGGGCACACCCGUGCCCACUGCCCACCUCGACUUCCAGGCCCAGCAGGCCAGCAUCCUGCAGCUGCUGCAGCAGGGCCAUCUCAACGAGGCCUUCCAGCAGGCCUUGUCUGCGGCUGACCUGAACCUGGUGCUGUACGUGUGCGAGACCAUCGACUCCCAGCAGGUGUUUGGACAGCACCCGUGUCCCCUGCACCAAGCCGUGCUGCUCUCACUCAUUCAACAGCUCUCUACAAGCCUGGCCACACGCACAGACCUCAAGAUCAGCUAUCUGGAGGACGCUGUGAUGAGCCUGGAUCACGGGGACCCAGUCACCAGGGACCACAUGAGCGCCGUGCUGUCGCAGGUGCGACAGAAGCUGUUCCAGUUCUUGCAGCAGGACCCUCACGGCCCGCUGAGCAAGCGAGCCCGUCGCCUCAUGAUGAUGCUGCAGGGUUUGGUCGGCCAAUAGCACGCCUGUGCUACCGUGGCAGAGUCUUGCCACGUCCACGUGCCCCCCCACUGGUCCCCGACUGCCCCUCCUGCACUCCACCCACACUUUGCUCUCACAUCCUUCAGCGGCGUGCGAGUUGUAGUCCACACCCAGGGACUGUAAUUUGCUGUAUGACGGCUCUGCGCUACAUUUCUCUUCAAGCCGUCUGAGUCAUAGUAGUUCGUUUUGUUUUUUCUUUCCUUCUUCAAAUGAUCACCCAUGACACUUUCAAUCCACCCUUUGUGUUUGUUUGAUUUCCUUGUCUCAUAAUAAGGAAACAUUCGUCUUGCUACAUGCUGUGAAAGAGGAUUUAUUUUGUAUGUACCCAGAGCAUCUGUGUUAAUUGUCCUCACAGUGCCACGAGACCUAUGCCACUGAUUUUGUGAUUAGAAAUUUGGUUGUAAGACUCAUGUCAAGAGAAACUACCACAUUUUCUUACAACCAGCUUUGAACUGCUGGGCUGUUAACUCCUCAAUCAGCAGAUGCAUCAGAGAGCAUCAAGUUAUUCCACACAGGGUUCAGAAAAUUCAUAUCACUCAAGCCCAAUUCAGACUAUUAUGUUAAAGCAUGCCUUUUGCCAAUAAGGAAUGCUCAGUUAAGGUUAUGUUACACUGAGGAAGUUAUUUGGCUGUUUGUGAACUUGCAGUGCUACUGUGUGGUCUCCAGUGGGCAGGCAUUUAUAUGGCAUUUAUCUGCUUGGAUAUUAUCUGGCUAUAUUCAUAUGCUGGUUCUAUGCUCUUUUUGAAGGCUCUCUUUCCCUGCUGAUUUUUAAAUUUUUUUCCUCUUGAAGAGCAGUAUCUUUGUCUCCUUUUCAUCACACAGGUUUAGUUCUGUUCUCCAUGCCCCUUUGGUUCGAUUGGUGUUGGGCAAACCAGCUAAGACCAGAAAUGAUAUAUUCAGUGGUAUUUAGCUCAGUUGACUGUAUUUGUUUCAUUAUAAGAGACUGUAGUUGUAACUGCAAAGGGGGGCUCCUGCUUUGUCAUGUCCUCACUAGAGUAUGGACACCUUUACAGAAAGUGCCUUAUCAGCUUGUUGUUUCAGACAUUGGUAACUUGUUUCUGGAACCCCCACCAAAUGGGACUUGGAGCUUUUUUUUUUGUGUGGGCUGAAGAUCAAAUCCCUUCCUAUGUUUUCUUUUCUCACAAUUAGGAAAGAAUUGAGAAUUUAAAUGGGGGCAACCAGAUGUGUUGAGGUAUUUUUGUUGCGAGUUCUCUGAAAAUGUGGUAAAUUUUAUUUAAACUUUUUUUUUUCUCAAGUUGUUCUCUCAAAUAUUUCAUGUGAGUGGCAUUUAAAAGAGCAGCCCUGGUUAAGACACUAGUGUUUUGGCAUAUUCAUAACAUUUGUUCAAACAGACUUUAUAGGCCUUUUUAUGGUUUGCAUCUUCUAGCUUUCUUUUAUUACAGAAUUGCCGUUCACACCCAUCAGUAUGGUUCCUUGUCCAAGUAAUAAAAAUACAUUUAUUAUUUGCAAAUAGUAAAGCUUGCUUCACUCCUGUUCUUUAACUGAGAUAUUUAAGCAGUUAUUGAUAUGGCAAUCUUGAAUGGCUACUAAGGACACGCUAAGUGGAGAAUGCCUCCACGCUAAUGUGAAGAGGUACGUUUGUUCAGAUUAAGAUGCCUCUUUGCCCUGAGGUUCUCAGCCCCAUCGUGUUGGCCAACAGAAACUGGUGCACUGUAAUCCCUAUAUUUAUAAACAUGUUUCCUUCUUCAAUUCAGUUGUAUUAUGAUUGUGUAGGCCUCUGACUCUCAUUUCUUAACUAGAUGGGCUGUGAUCAACCAGAUUGACUCAUGUAUGUGUCGCCUGCUGAAAACUUUUUUUUUGUUUUUGUUUUGUUUUGUUUUUUGUGAGCUACAACCAAGACUAACCUUUUCCUUGUACCACAGUUUUAGGCAGGUAAUUAGUGUAAAAUAAAAAUCCAAUGGUUCUGAUGCUCUUGAAUAUUGUUUUAGUAAUGUUUGAUACUGAUCAGGGUUAAGCAUCAAAAUCAUAUAGACAUAAAUGUCGGAGACGUGCAGGUGUUCUCUAUUUAGAACAACUUGUUUUUCCAAGUUUGUGUUGAAAAGCUAGGUCUUGUUUUGUGUAUGACUCAAGGAUCGUUUGUACUUUUUUUUUUUUCCAUCGUGUUUUGAAUUUUGUUCCUUAUGCUUGGAUUAUUAUGUUGUAUAUUUUACACUUAUUUCUUUUACCCUAGACGUUUUGGAAUAAAAAAAAAAAAAGUUAA